UCCGUUGAUUAGACGCGUCGAUAUUAUAUAUCGAAUCAUAUAUCAUUCUGCGCGAAUAGGCUAUCUAUUGGUAAGGAGAUACAUUUAAUCAGGGAAUAAAGGCUUCCCACAUGGCCUUCAGAGAUGACGGCUUACUGGGCCGUCGUGUUGCAAUGGAAAAGAUCAGUCAAAUAAUACAACUCUGCAAUGCCCCUUCUCAUCCAUACAAUACCGUGGAAUCCCCGGAUUAUUGGUGGGAUGGAUACAUCGGAUAGGCAUGUCACCGUGAAACAAGGCUGCCUGCAGGGCACUCAUAGUAGCAUUGUUUGCCAGUGUAGGCCCAGCCAGCCUCACUUCAGAUACCCCGCAAUGAGGCCUUGUCGAGAUUCUAAUUUCAUUAAGAUCACUCCUGAUCCACCAAAAGGUACCACCUUGGUUCGAAAAUUGUAUCUCACAGGAAAUUAACUUAAGAUCUUACAUCAUGUCGGACGCUCUCGACGCGAUUCAAGCCCUGUACGACACGGGGAAAUACUCGGAUAUGAAAAUCCGUUGCGAGGAUAAAGUGUUCAAUGCUCAUCGUGCAGUGGUCUGUAUGCGAUCGCCGGUGAUUGCUGCUGCUAUGGAUGAUGAUCGUUGGGUAGGUAACAUCCAAAAUCGAGGAAAAUGUGCACCCUCUGAUGAAGCACUAGGAAGAAGCUGCAAAGGGCGAAUAUCAUAUGAGUGAUGAUGAACUGCCAGUAGUGGAGGCCAUGAUUCAUUAUUUGUACCUUAGAACGUAUGAUGAUCAGGUAGUAAGCCCGCCAGAAGCUUUGGGCAGUCAUUCACAGGUUGAAAUCGGGAAAGACGAGAUGCCGCCUAGUCCACCUACACUGGGAUCUGAGUCGGAACCAGAUCCCGAGCCCGAAUUAGAUACAUGGCGCACAAGAGCAAACCUUUCUUGGAAUAAUGGAGGCAUAGUUCCCGAAGCGAUACCAGUCUCGCUGCCUUCAUCACUACUCCUCAACGCUAAGGUCUACAUCAUCGCCGAUAAAUACAUGAUCCCAGCACUCAAGAGUUUAGCAUGUGAGAAGUGUUCAAAAAGCCUAGAAGAACAUUGGAAUACGCCAGAGUUUUCUGCUACUGCGGAACUACUCUGGGAAAACACACCGAGCUCUGAUAUGCUGCUUAGGGACUCUGUGGUUGCAACUGCUGCGAGUAAUAUUGAUGUUUUACUUGAUAGAGGGGAGUUUGUGGAAUUCAUGUCUGCGCAUGGCGAUUUUGCCGUAGAGGUUUUGAAGAGAGUGAUUAGAAAAAUUUACCCGGACACCACUUCGUACGUUUCGCCACAUUACAGGAAAGUACGACGUUCUGGAUUUUGAUUGAUAACUCUUGGUUAUUAUGCGGAGUCAUGGUCAUGUUUCCUUGGAGUCGUCAUAAAUAUUAUGGGUUCGUUGAAACUAUUCAUAUUAUUCAUGGUUUUCGACAAUCUUCAUGAGACUUCUGCGAAACGGAAGUGGUCGAGCCGAAUCCCUCAGUGGGAACAGGUCAAGUUAAAAACAACCAGGAAUCAGAAUAUGUAGAACCAAUAAACAGUAUUUGCUUGAUGGGAGAGAUUCCGCGAUCCAGAAGAAGCAUGAUAUUCUGCGGU